AUGUCAUUUACAAUACGCCUGAAAAGCUUCAAAUUUCAUCGUUACUUCCAGUUUGAGUUGCAGGCGAAGAUGUUUUUCAUCUUCAUUAUUCUGUCAAUAGGAACGAAAUUAAGCCGUGCACAGUCAUGUUUCAACGGUGGUAUCUAUGGUCAACAGUUCAACAAGUGCUAUCACUUCUUCUAUUCACCGCUAAUAGCUGAAGAAGCUGAAGCAGUAUGUGCGAGCAUUGGUGGGCAACUGGUUUCGAUCGCAAGCCCAGCAGAGCAAGCGUUUGUAGCUGGUAGCACUCUAUCCGUUUCUACUCAAUUAAAAUCAGUGAUUUUAGUACCUUCUGUUUCUAAUCAAAAAUUGAAAAACGGCAAUAAAGGUAGUCAACAGUUGGAAGCAAAUAACUGUGUUGCUGCUACCUUAGUACAUGGGAAUUGGUACAAUACCAAUUGUGAUCUCGCUACAAACUACUUUGUUUGUCAAACAGAACCGAUUGUUGUUGCUCCUGCAAGUAAGCUUCUAAUUUAA